AUGUCGCUAUCAACCUCUCUUCGCCGUCCCAUAUGCGCGUCCUGUCGCCGUGCCGCCACGAACCAGGUCCGACACGCCACUCUCCUGCGACGGCCGAAGAAACCCUACACCUUCACUCAGAUGAUCACCCUCAGCGACGGCAGCACGUUCCUUCACCGAACAACGUCCCCGCAACCCAUCUAUCGAAGCACAAAAGACACCAAAAACAGUCCACUCUGGAACCCAUCAUCACAGAAACUGCUGAACGUAGAAGAAGACGAGGCUGGAAGAUUAAGGAGAUUUAGAGCCAGGUUCGGGAGAGGGUUUGAUGCAGAGGCCCUGGAAGGGGGAGAGGAGGUGAGUGCACGUGAACUAUACAAGUCUACGCAAUGAGGAGUGUUCUGGCUGACCGGUGGUUGUUUUGGUAGGCACGAGAGGGUGAAGAAGCACUAAAGCCUGCAGAAUCGCAAGAAAGUCUUCUGGAUCUAAUCAGCAGUGUUGGGAAGAAGGCAGAGAAGAAAGGCGAAGCGGCUGGCGUGAGAGAGCCUGCAAAGAAGAGCGGAAAGGGCAAGGGAGGGGAGAAGUGA